AUGAAGUCGGAUAAUGUGCGAGUGCAUAUCCGAAUCCGGCCAAUCUCAAAGAAAGAGAUCGAUGAAGGGGCACAAGAGUGCCUUAUCGCUGCGGGCCCGCAAAUCGACUGUCGAGGUAGCCAGUUUACCUACGACAAAGUAUUUGGAUACUCCGUCGAGCAAACGGAAAUCUACAACCAAACGGUAGAGCCGAUGCUCGCCAGCUUGCUCGACGGGUUCAACCAGACUGUCUUCGCCUAUGGACAGACUGGUUCGGGCAAAACCUACACGAUGGGAGGAGAGUUCGGAAAGCGCGACCGAGAACACGAUGGAAUCCUCCCACGUGUCGCCGAGGACUUAUUCGAAAGAAUUGCCUCAAUGGCAGACAAGUACAAAAGUAGCUUGCAGGUCAGCUACUUUGAAUUGUACAAAGAAGAGAUCCGGGACCUGCUGAAGCCGGAAACAAGCUCCAAGCUCCUUCAAGUCCGAGAGCUCCCCAACGGCGAUACCAUCGUCGCCGAGCUUUCCAGAACCGAGGUAAACUCCGCCUCCGAGCUUCUGGAAAAGCUAAAAGAGGGCAACACUCAGCGCUCCGUCGGUAGCACAAAUAUGAACGCCACAUCCUCUCGUUCGCACGCAGCUUUCAAUAUUCAUCUGGAGCAACAGUCACAUGAAGAUCCAGAUGAUUCGAAAUCGGCUGUGCUGCGACUUGUCGAUCUCGCUGGUUCCGAGCGUCUCAAACGAACUGGCGCCGAGGGACAGCGAAAAGAGGAGGGCGUCAAUAUCAACAUGGGUUUGCUGGCGUUGGGCAACGUUAUCUCCGCGUUGUCUGAUGGCGACAGCCACGUCAAGUAUCGAGAUUCGAAGCUGACCCGAAUCCUAAAGGAUUCUUUGGGCGGUAACUCGCAUACUCUCAUGAUCGCCUGUGUUUCUCCAGUAGACACAAAUCAUGACGAGACGAUUCAAACCCUGAGAUACGCCGAUCGCGCGCGCAAGAUCAAAAACAAACCGAUCGUGAACCGAGACCCUGUUCAAGCGGAGUUGAUUAACUUGCGAAAACAGGUUCAGAUGCUACGAGCGAGCGGCGCUACCGAGGUCAACAUCGAUCCUCGCGAAACGCCCGAGUACGUCGAGAUGAAGGAGCAGUUGGAGUCGCAGUUGGAGGACUACAAGCUCGCCUUGUCGAACUCGUCAAAGCAGCAGAAUCGCCUGAUGCUGCAGAUCGAAGACGAGUGCACCAACAAAACUGCUCUUUCGAACAAACUCGAAAAGCUGAAACAAGCUGCAGAGGCACUCUCGGCCGAGCACAACAACAUGACAAUUAUGGAGGAUAACUUGGUCGAGAAUGGUGACAUCGACGAGAACGCUGCCGAGGCGUUCAAGGAGCUCAGAGGUCUUCAGCGACUCAUUCUCGACGUCGACAAAACGCACAAGAAGUCGAAGCGGCUUUCUUACGCGCUUGUGAGAAACGAAGAGAAUGAUGCAGACGAGAACGACCUGACGGACAUCGACGAAUGCUCCGGGUUGGACGAUUCGAACGAAGCUGAGGAAGGUGAAGCUGCUCUUGACUCGCCGAUGCGUCUGCACAAAAUCAACGAAGAUCUCUUCGCGCUGCAGACCGACAUUGAAACGAAAGAGCAGAACAUCAAAUGCCUCAGUCUGGACGAGAACAACCCGCACUUGCUUCGCGCCAAGUACGAACGACAAGUCACAGAGCUUCAAGAGAAGAUCGAACGACUUGAGAACGAGCGGCAAGCUACUCUCGCCUCGAAGUCGCACGGGGCGAAAGAGAAAAACAAGAAGCAAGAGGCGAUGCGAUUGAACCGGCAGAAGGAGCUUGAACAAGAGAUCGCGAAGCUGAAAAAGGCGAAGAAAGAAAAGGAGCGACUGGUCAAAGAAAAACGGGAGAAGGAGCAGUUCAUCGAAAAAUUGAAAAAGGAGCUGGAGGAUCUCAAAUCGAGAAAGAUUCAAUUGGUGAAGAAAGCCCGUAAUGACCAGAAAAAGUUCUCGGAAGAAGAGAAAAAGUUCAAAAAAGAGAUCAACACUCUUCAGAAAGCCGACCGUCGAAAGGCGAACGACAUUAUGCGUAUGAAACUGCAGCAUGAGCGCGUCGCCAACAGACUCAAAAUUCAGUCGGCCAAGGAUGCAUCCGAACUCAAAAAGCUCAAGAUGCUCCUUGCUAAGAGAACAGAGAACUCGGCAAAGGCGAAGGCGCAUGGAUCUCUUAAAUUUGGUCAUCUCAAAGAACAGCUUCGAAACGACCUGGAGUGUCGAAUGGAGAUUAAACGACUCAAGUAUCAGGUCAAACUCUGCGAUAAGGAUCGAGCUGAAAUGAAGCGGCGUACAAAGCUCCCCGGCGCUUCUGAGAAGAUGACCAAGCUCCUGAAGGACAAAAUCAAGCGAAAAGAUGCUGAAAUCGCUACAAUUCAGGAGCAGAUCAACUCUGCCGAAUCGCACGAGAACCCAGUAUCUGCGAAGCGACUCCCAAUCAAAGAUACUGCGGAAGCUCGUAAGCUGAUCGAAUUCCUCGUCCAGGAAUUGAUCGAGCAAGGCGGAGAUUGUCUCAUUCAGACCGAAGAUGCUGACCAAUUGAGAGCGAAUCUCAAGGAGAUCCAUGACGAGUUCAACAUCCUCCAGAACAAAUACAUGGGCCUUGAGAACAAGCAUCAAGAAGAAAUGCGAUUGAUGAAGCUCGAGGUUAAUAAUAUAAUCCUUGCGUAUAAUUUGGAAGCUUUAGACUACGAAAAACACGAAGAAUACGUUGCGCAGACUUCUGUUGCUCAUCAAGAUGAAGCCUCGGAAGGAGAAACCGAAGAGGAAUCUUCUGACGAGGAAAACUCGAUGGACACGACUUACGAAGUCGGUUUCCAGCAGCAGACAGCUCUCCCAGUGCCCAGAGCAAAAGCCAAGUCUGGAAAGCGUCAUCUCACUGAGCAGGAGUACUCUCGCAUCUUCGAGACUCCCAACGCGAAGAUGAUGAUGGCGACUCCAAAGGACGAUCGCAGUCGGGACCCCGAUUUCAAUCCUGAAAACGCUCUCAACAGAGUCCCGGAUGCAACUGGCGACAACAAUAGAGGCAAUGCCAGAAAAUCAAUCGCACCAAAGCGCCGACGCACUAACAACGACAAGUGCAAGUGCAAAGGGUUCUGCAACACGAAAAUUUGUGGCUGCCGCAAGUCUGCCCGAAUUUGCUCGGAUACUUGCGGCUGUGACAAGUCCAAGUGUAAGAACUUCGAGCCCAUGGCGAUUGAAAGCGAUGGCGAAUACAAGGAAAACCCCACGGAGACAAAAGUGCACCGCUUCGACACAACUCUCCAUGGACUCGGGGAAAACCGACCCGAGCCGAUGACUCCCAGCAGAGCUGGCCGCCUCUUCGAUCCUCCAGCGCGAAGACAUCUCAAAGCGUUGGACGAUUCCGCCGUGUUGGAAACGCCAACAAAACGAUAA